GACAGAUGCUUCAGAACAUUCAACUCCAGCCAAAGUGGUGAAAGCAGCAAACCUAAGGCAGCGGAAAGGAACCAAGGUUGGUGACUUUGGGGAUGCCACAAAUUGGCCAACGCCAGGAGAAAUAGCUCACAAGAGUAUACAGCAGCUGUCACAAAAGCCCCAAUCUCUACGGAAACUUCACAUUAAGAAAAACAUGAGGGAGCAGGAAAAAGGGGAAGGAAGUGAUGGUAAAGAGAACAUGAAAACUCGAUCCGAUGAAUCAGGAGAAGAGAAAAAUGGAGAUGAUGACAACCAGAAAUCGGCUCAGAAGAAAAAGGGCAGCAGACACAAAUGGGUACCCCUGCAAAUAGAUAUGAAGUCUGAAGUGCCAAGGGAUAAAACCGCUUCUCGUAACAACAGACAGAAUGAGCAGCAUCGGCAUCCUUCCAACAACCGAAGUGAAUCAAAAGGAUGGCAUUUAGAUAACAAGCAUGAGCGGAAUUGGCCUGACCAUGAUGAAACUUCUAGUGUUAAAAGCGACGGGGCAACUGUUCGUGGUGCUUUCAGGGGCAGAGGACGUGGCCGGGGACGAGGGAGAGGGAGAGGAAGAGGAGGUACUCGCUCUCACUUUGAUUAUCAUUAUGGGUAUCGGAAAUUCGAUGCUUCUGAUGGCACACGUGCACAGAAAUAUACUAGUAAUAUCACUUACUACUUUGACAACAUCAGUAGCACUGAACUCUACAGUGUUGACCAAGAAUUGCUCAAAGACUACAUCAAACGACAGAUAGAAUACUACUUCAGUGUUGACAACUUGGAAAGAGACUUUUUCUUGAGGCGGAAAAUGGACACUGAAGGCUUCCUUCCCAUCACUCUCAUUGCCAGUUUCCAUCGGGUACAGGCCCUAACCACAGAUGUUGGCCUUAUCAUUAAGGCAUUAAAAGACAGCAAAGUGGUGGAGAUUAUAGACCAGAAAAUCAGGAGAAAAGAAGAACCAGAGAAGUGGCCUUUGCCUGGCCCUCCCAUGACAGACUAUACACAAACAGACUUCUCUCAGCUAAUCAACUGCCCAGAAUUUGUGCCCAGGCAGAGCUUCCAAAAAGAGACAGAAUCUGCUCCUGGUUCUCCCCGCUCUGCCAGUCCCAUGCCAAGCAAGACAGAGGAAGUUUCUAAUUUGAAGACAAUGCCUAAAGGUCUUUCUGCCAGCCUGCCUGACUUGGACUCUGAGGCAUGGAUUGAAGUGAAGAAGAGGCCUAGGCCAUCUCCUAUCAGACCCAAGAAAACAGAAGAGUCUAGAACACCACUGAAGCAGAAGGAUCAGGAUGAACCAGAGGAGUUGGACUUUCUUUUUGAUGAGGAAAUGGAACAGAUGGAUGGUCGUAAAAACACCUUCACUGAUUGGUCAGAUGAGGAUUCAGACUAUGAGAUUGAUGACAGGGACGUAAAUAAAAUUUUGAUUGUAACACAGACACCCCCCUAUCUGCGCCGUCAUCCAGGGGGAGACAGAACAGGCAACCACACUUCCAGGGCAAAGAUGAGCUCAGAAUUGGCCAAAGUGAUCAAUGAUGGACUAUAUUAUUAUGAACAAGACUUAUGGACAGAACAGUUUGAACCAGAAUAUUCUCAGAUAAAGCAAGAAGUAGAAAACUUCAAGAAGGUGAAUAUGAUCAGCAGGGAGCAGUUUGACACACUUACCCCUGAGCCUCCUGUUGAUCCAAAUCAAGAGGUUCCCCCAGGACCACCCAGGUUCCAGCAAGUUCCAACUGAUGCUCUGGCAAAUAAACUCUUUGGUGUGCCUGAACCGUCAACCAUUGCCCGAUCUCUACCAACAACUGUGCCAGAAUCCCCAAACUACCGCAAUGCAAGAACUCCUCGGACCCCUCGUACACCUCAGCUGAAAGACCCCACACAGACGCCCCGGUUUUACCCAGUGGUUAAGGAAGGCAGAUUGAUAGAUGCCAAGACACCCCGGAAAAGGAAAACACGGCACAGUUCAAAUCCCCCAAUGGAAUGUCACGUUGGUUGGGUGAUGGAUUCUCGGGAGCAUAGACCUCGAACAGCAUCCAUCAGUUCCAGUCCUUCAGAAGGCACCCCGGCUAUAGGCAGCUAUGGCUGCACCCCACAGUCAUUGCCUAAGUUCCAGCAUCCUUCCCACGAACUCCUGAAAGAAAAUGGCUUCACACAACAUGUCUACCACAAGUAUCGCCGGCGCUGCCUUAAUGAACGGAAACGACUGGGCAUAGGCCAGUCCCAGGAAAUGAAUACUCUCUUUAGAUUCUGGUCAUUUUUCCUUCGGGAUCACUUUAAUAAGAAAAUGUAUGAGGAAUUUAAGCAACUGGCUCUGGAGGAUGGAAAGGAAGGGUACAGGUAUGGACUGGAGUGCCUCUUCAGAUAUUACAGUUAUGGACUGGAGAAAAAAUUCCGACCUGACAUAUUUAAAGAUUUCCAAGAAGAAACUAUAAAAGAUUUUGAGGCUGGCCAGCUUUAUGGGCUUGAAAAGUUUUGGGCCUUCUUAAAAUAUUCCAAAGCCAAACAUUUGGACAUUGACUGCAAAUUGCAAGAAUACCUCAGCAAAUUCCGCCGCCUUGAAGACUUCAGAGUUGAUCCUCCUAUAGGGGAAGAAGGUAGCCACAAGAGAUAUGCAGCAACCAUAGGAGUAGAUGGAAGGAAGCGAUACCCAUCUCAGUCUUCUAGCAAGACUGUCAGCCAUACUCCAUCCAAUCAAAUGUCUGCCUCAUCCAGCCAAGUCCCCAACUCACCAAGCCAGGAAGAUGCCAAAAACCUGAGCCAGCCACAUGCAGUUUCCACAGCCACAGUGGAAACCCAAACAAUGGGGAAGUAGACAGGCUAGAACCACCAGUGGAAAAGGGGGCAGGGAGUUGGAAUGUAGAAGCCCAAGGCCAGGCUGCUUUCGGGAGGUGGGGCUAUACAGCGCAUAUGAUUUUUCUUGUUGGCUGGAAAAACAAGAUGAUCCAAGCUGAAUGCAUCUUUUUCCUCGCUGUGAUUAAGUCAUUGAUUGGAGCCAGACCUUCACAUUUUCAUGUCUUAGCGCCUUUCAGGGGUUAGGUUGGGUUGGGAAAGGGGAGAUUUUUAUAAAUAUAAAUAUAUUAUAUAUAUAUAUAUUAUAUAUAUAUAUAUAUCAAGUUUUAAAUUAUUGAUAGAAGUUUGUUUGGAUAAACCAAAAUUACUCUGCAUCAUGCAGCCUCACAAUCCAGCUCCUUCUCCUCCCUCUGAACACUUAACAACUAUGCAGCCCACUUGGUAAGCUGGAAGUUUGGACCGAACAAUGUAGUGUUAUUUGGAGAACUAGCCUUUGGCUUUCCAAGUUCAGCAGGCAUCGCCCCCUCUGGAUAUAGCAAUGCACAAGAGGAGUCUCUGCUACUAUCACGUGUACCACCACUACUUCUGUCGUGGCUCCCUCUAUGCUGCUCAUUUUUUUCCAUCAGACACCUACGACUGGAAAUGAACCAAAGGACCCUGGCUGAAAGUGGGCCCACUUGCAUUGGGCUUGCCCAGUUCUUUUGCGUGAUGGGUAGAACAUAAACUUGCACAGUGUCUCCCCUCGCAUAGGAAUGCUAAGACUUGGCUAAAACAGCUUUCACUUAAAAAAAAAAAACACAAAACACAAAAA